AUGUCAGGGUCGGCAAACAAAUCACUUCAUCAACUAAGUGUAGAAAACGGACGAUUCCAAGCGACACCCUUGUUUUGGACCAACCAGCAUCUCGAGCUGGUGGGCUGCCAGUUCCUGGAGGUCGAAGCUGCGAAUGACAACCAAGGUCAGCAUGCCCGACAAGAUGGCAGGUUAACUUACUACGCCACCCGACUCGCGACAACACCAGUCGAAAACAUGAAAGCUCACUACAUCCGAUCACUGUUCAGAGGAACAGGAGUUUUAGAGUUUGUCCUUGCCUCGGCGGCUUUUCAUUAUGCCGGCCGAUUGGUCCAUGUCCCGGAGGUAAACGCUUUCCGAAUCGCAGGGCAUAUCGACGUCCCGCAUCCGGAACCGGUAGUUGGCUAUUACUCUUACAAGGCGGAUGAGAUACGUCGUGCGCGAUUCACACCUCGGGCUGGCCCUCCCGGAACCUUGAACCUUGCGAUGCAGAGCCUAUACCAGCGCAAACUCGCGAGAGUCACUCCAGAAGACUGGACACGAGAUCCCUAUCUUGUUUGCAUUCUGCUGAGCUUGGCUCAGCUACAAGCGAGAUCAGACAACACUGGGCAGCCACGCCUAUACAUCGUGCGACUCCUCGUCACCCACAGAGACGAAGCGGAAAAUGCCUAUGUUUACGAGGUUGAUCUCCCAUCGCAGCUCUUGGAGUGCUUCAAGUUUCCAACACGCUCUAUGGACGACUUCGUGUUCCCCACCAUCACGGUGGGAAAGCUGGCAUUCGAACCAUUUGAGACCUUUGGUGGUCGGGCUGUGGAGGCCCUCGUCGGCACCCAGUACCGUCCCUCGACAGCCUAG